AAUCUUAUUCGCAUUAUCGUCACAAUCGAUCAAAAUAUACUCAUUUUAAGAGCGAUAACAGAGAAAAAGUUGCAUCGUUUCACGCAUCCAAGGAGGAAUUAUAUCUAUAUUAAUUUUAUUAAUUCACCAUUUUCACUUGCUCAGAGUAAAGAAAUUUUAAUUAAGAAAAUUCAAUCGUAAAUCUUUCGUUUCAAAAAUUCAAUUUUCUGGAAGUCUCUUUAAAUAAACGGCGGUAUUAUGACAAAAGAACUGACUUUGUCUGACACGCGAACAUGUAACUCUUGGCACGCAACGGUCAGACGGUCGCCUCUUAUUAAUUUCUCGCUCUCCUCCUCGCGAUAAAUUUAUCGCGAUCUCAUGAUCGGCAUGCGGCAGUAACGUUCGUCUCUGCUGCGAAACUUUCACGAUGCUGGAGAUCGGUGUUUAGCUCUUUUUAUUUCGCCUAAUCCACAUGUGCAAUGCGCGUGAUGCGCGUGAUUCGAGCGCUUCAACGUUAAUGACGAUGCAUGUAUAGGAUGUCCUGCAACCUUGCGACCUUUAUAAUUUUAAUGACAAGUUUCUCCCCAAUUUGGAGUCGAUCUUUCCUUGGCGAAAAUGACGAAGGAAAUCGUCGUUUUUGCCUCAACUAUUUAUUUCGAAUGCUAAUUAUAUUUAUAAUUUUAAACAUUAAAAUAAAAUUCCAUUGAGGUUCCUUCGCUGGAGAAACAUUUUGUCCAAGAAUACGUUAUUAAAAUUAAGAUUGCAGAUUGCGGAAUAUCUCGUGCAGACGUAUCAUUCCGAUUCGUCACGAAUUGCAUGCUGAAAAUUCUGUAUCGCAGCGGCCGAGCCCACGAGACAUAUCACGACAUUGUCAAAGGAAUUUCCUACAACGUCUAUCGCAUUUCUUCAUUGUUCUCUCUGAGAUAACAUUCUGCUCUGUAACGCGAUUGCGCUGAUAAAAAACAUUUCGCUGGAACAGAUGGCACGAACGGAACGGCACUGGUGCAAAAUGCGGUUCAGGCAGACCAGCCGGCAGACUCCGACAACGCCAGCGUCGGAAGUGGCAAUUCGAACCUUAGCACUGGUGCGCUUCAGAAUAUCAGAGAACAAAUGGCGGCAUCUCUGGAACGGAUGAAAGAGCUGGAGGAACAGGUCAAGGCGAUUCCCAUGCUGCAGGUGCAAGUCUCGGUAUUGAAAGAGGAGAAGCGCAAUCUUCUGCGGCAAGUGGACGAGCUGAGUAAAACGAAUUCCUCCAACGACACCCUGCACAGGCAUCGCAGUCAGUCGUUCUCGGAACAGCGCACCACCACCCUGCGAAAUCUGAAGAACUCUGGAAGCGUGUCUACCAGGGACAUGGGAACCAUGUGCGGCGUGAUGACAAGGGACGUCGGGGUAUCGUACCAGCCGGUUCGAACGAGAGACGUCGGUAUGAUAACAAGCACGCCGAUCAAGCCGUUACAAAAAAGUCAUCUGCGAAUCGAGGAGAUCGUGCCCGAGAUCCAGGACCAGAGCGCCGUACUGGCAGACGAAAAAUCAUCAAACCUCUCGAGCUUUUGCGACUCUCAACAUCGUAGCUGGAAAUUAAAUUUGACCCGCAGUCAACUGAUGCUGGAGGAGAUCCUGCCGGAAAUACGAAGGAAGCAGCUGACAAGAACUCCGCUUCAAAUGGAGUCGAUACUGCCCUGCAAUGAGAACAAUGUGAUCAAUCGCAAAACUAUAAAAAAGACGCGGGAUUUCGGCGUCAACACGGAGAAGAAAUCCAAGAGUCUUCAGUGCAGUCACUUUUUAAUCGAGGACAUCGCACCGGAGGCGAAGAAAGAGAUCAAGAAGCGUUCUUGCAGCACAACAACGAGAUUGAGUAUGAAAGAUGUCCUGACGAAGGAAGACGCUGAAUUGCUUGUGGAGCACGCUCUACGGAAUUACAAAAACAGUUUGGUCAAAGACACUUCUUCCAGAGGCAUUCAGUGCAGUCCGGAAAUGCCGAGAGUCGCCGAGAAGCGGGAUCAGGCGAUCCAGGUGACGGAACAGUUUAAAAUGCGCUCGCACGUGAGCGUAACCGCCAAACCGACGACAUCGGAGGUCGGGAUCGGAGUCAGAUUCGGUUCUUGCACUAGAAGCGUGUGCGUCGGACCGGAUCCAGUGGCGGUGCAGCCACCGGUGUCGUUGAACUCGAUGAACUCGAGAAGUCGCUCGUUCAACUACGGCGACACGCGAACGAAGGCGAAAUCCAAUAAAUCGGUAGCGGUGAUGGUGGAAGACUUGGUGACAACUAUCGCUCGCGGCACCGACACUUCCGGUCUCACCCCAAGGUGCCGGGACUUUGGCACUUCGACGGUGAAGAAAACGCUGGUCGACGUGUCGGUCGGCGAGUCCGUGAGGCCGCACAUCUCGAUCUCUUGCGCGGCGAAUUAUUGCGACAAUUGCAAGGAAACGAUCAAAAGUCUGGCGAAGCAAAUCGCGAAUAAUGCGGAGAACAGCCUGAAUUAUCAGAACAGCAACAUGAUAUCCAGGAUCCCGAGGCCGUCCCAUAUUCCCCUGAAUACCAGCGAUCACAGGCGGCAAUUCAAACGCCAGGACACCUACACGAAAAUACCAGCCGUCGGUGUGAUUAGAUACGACGCGGACAAUAAAGAGCAGUACGACAGUAGCAAUCGCAUUCAACAAUUGCAAUCCGAGAAAAUCAAGGAUGAGAAGAUUGCGUCGGAAGAGAUGCGUAACGUGGAGAAGGAGGCGGAUAACGGGGAGAAGUCCGAGCUACCAGAAUCGGCUCUGUUUCAACCGAUCCAAGAUAAACCUAGGAAGAAGGUCGAGCCCUCGAAAGAGAUGCAGGCCGCCAUGAAGGUGCUCAACGACAGUAUCAAGAAGUCACCUAGCAGAAAUAUCUCUCAUCAGCUUAAGAACGCUACCAAUAUUAUACAGCAAGAAUGGUUCAAAAUAUCCAGCACAUCUAGCGCAAAUCCGUUAGAUGUCGAGGAUUAUUUGGAUCGUUUCGAGGAAUGCUCCAGCACCCUGCUGGAGUACAUCGUCAACAUGACGGACACCAGUGGAAAUACAGCGAUGCACUACGCGGUCUCUCACGGCAAUUUCGACGUGGUGUCUAUAUUGUUAGACUCGAAAGUCUGCGAUAUUAAUAAAGCAAACGUGGCUGGUUACACGGCUGUGAUGUUAGCUGCUCUGGCAGAAGUCAGAAAUUCCACGCACGCCUCGGUGGCAAACAGAUUGUUCCAGCUUGCCGACGUCAACAUCCGAGCAAAAUUGCACGGGCAAACUGCGCUGAUGUUGGCGGUAUCGCACGGACGCAAGGAUAUGACGCAACUGCUCCUGGACGCCGGAGCGGCGGUUAAUAUCCAAGACGAGGACGGUAGCACCGCGCUGAUGUGCGCCGCGGAGCACGGCCACACCGACAUCGUGAGGCUGCUCCUCGCGCAUCCAGACUGCGAUCCAGCUAUCGUCGACGUGGACGGCAGCUCGGCCCUGAAGAUCGCCCUGGAGGCGGGGAACCGCGACAUCGGAGUGCUACUUUACGCUCACGAGCGCGUCAAUCGGGGCAUCAGCCCGUACUCGACUCUGAGGCGAAGCAGAAGAGGUUCCAAGCCGACGACGCCUACCGGACCGUCUCCGUCGGCUCCAGCUAGCCCGGCGCCAUCGCGACGCCUUCAUUCGUCCAGCGUUUCUCUGAAUACAUCGAAAUAUUCCAAAUAAUUCCAAUAGCCAGAUCCUUUAUAAGAUUUUCUUAUAGAUUCAUCCGUCAUGAUUUUUCUCUUCGCGCAUUAUUUCGAACUUAAUAGUAACUGGCAAGCGAGUCACAGUAUAACCGGAACUUCAAGUGUAACUUUUCUUUUGUACGAUCUUUUUUAUGUUCUCCUACAAGUUCUGGUUUAUAUACGAUGUAUAUUAAUUCUUACAUUCGUGCUAAGAACAUUAUAUACGUUCAACGAUAUGUUGAAGUCCUCUUGCCUAACGAUCGAUUCAUUUCGACGUGGAACUAUAUUGUAUAAUUAGAAAGUCAAGAACAAUGCUCAACUGUAUAUAUCUAUUCAGGGUAACGUUGGAAAAAUCUUGUAAUUUAGUUCAUAGUAGAGUAAUAUCUUUAGGAAUAAUCCAUCAUAGGUGCUGUUAGACAUUUUGACGAAUCUUUCAUAAAUCCUCCGUAAAUUUUAUACGAUUUCGAUUGUGCAUACCCUCGGGGAUUUUUCUCUCAAGUGGGGGUGUAGAAGUACAAAAUACCUAAUACAUAUGACGAUACAAUCCACAGCAAAAAAAAUUGAUUGAUUUUUUUUCUUCUUGACUCUGUGGCAUUGAACAUUCCAAAAAAAAAGAACGCUCGUCAAUCCGAACAAUUUCUUACGAUAGAAAUUUGUACAGUAUUUAAUAUACCCACAGAAUUCAGGCCUAAUCUCAAAUAAUUACUCUUUGGGAUCAAAUUGUCAGUAUCGUGUGUACAUAUGUAUUUUUAUGUACACACGAUGUAUAGGUACACCGAUAUGCGUAGAGAAACAUUACGUAGUGAUAUAUGUAAUAAAUGUAUAUGUUAUAACAGUGUGAGAUUUUUACGAUUUCAACGAUUGACGACGGCGUUUUCACGCGCGAGCAACAUCAAACAUAUAUAUGUACUUAUCAUUGUUCUACAUUGAGAUAAAGAUGUUAGAUAGCGAAAAAUUGUAUAAAAGUAGUAUAUCUAGUUGUGAAACUUACGUCGAAAGACUUAUGAAGGAAAUUUAUGUUUUUUGGACUUGUUAACGAUUUUCAUAUCGAGAAUUUUAUAUACGAUCAUAUCGAGAUGUUAAUGUACGUUUAUUUAACCGAGCAAAUCGUCAUCACAAGAACAUCUAAUAAAAAUCGCGUUCUACUAACGUGAAGAAUAAAAUACAUUGAACAUUUUUCUUAUAAGGUUGUGAAUAGAAUUAUAAUUAAAUUAUUUAAGUUCGAGAGAAAGAGAGAUCAAAGAUCCUCAUAGUUUAACGUUAUCGUAAGUGUUUCUCCAUCUUUGAGAGUAAUUCUAUGAUGAUUGUUGGCGUGAGAUAUAAUUGUCUGUAUAUCAAAUGUGUAGACAAUGUAUGAAACACACUGAUACCGUAGGAAUUAUCUAGAAAGUAGAAAAGUACUCCUUAUUGUUUGUGCCUUUAUAUUUAAUAUAAUACUAUUAAUAUAAUAAACUGAAGCACUGCAGGUGAUUCCUUCAAAUGCC